CAGGGAAUCCGGUCGAGGCGAGAGGUACGCACGACGCUAGUGCAACCGCUUAUUUCGCCGUCAAAAACAGCUUAACGGAGCCUCAGCAAGCGCAUUGUUCAGCACGCAAGGCAACUUUUAUUACGCGAAAGCACCGGCUGCAAAUGAGAAAUAUCCUCCUCCUAGCAUUGCUGCCGCUGAGCGACGCUUUGGCGGCGCCGGUCCUGCGCGCCGUCUCCUCCGUCACCUCGCCGCUCGCGCCCAUCUUCGACAAGCUCGCACGGGCAUCGGCUGGUAAUUACGACGUGCCGGCCGUGCGCGCGGCGAUCCAUCGGGAACGGCAGUCGGCCCCAGUCGUUAUUUUUGGCUACGAGCUCUCGCCGUUUUGUGGACGGGCGCGCCAGAUGCUGGAAGACGAGGGCGUGCACGAGAGCCAGAUCAAAAUCGUGUCCCUGGGCGCGGCGCCGUCGCUGCCGGGCCUCAUCGCCGAACCUGCAAUGGUCGCGGAACUGGCCAACAUGUACGGCGCGGGCCUGCCCUGCUGCUUCGUCGACGGUGACAGUAUAGGCGACUUUAAACAGCUCGCGGCGGCGGCCGACGACGGCUCACUUAAAAGGCGUCUGGACGCGGCCGGCGCGCUGGACCCGUAACUAUACAC